CAAUGUCGCAACUGUGGCAGAAUUUUUCCACAUACCGGUGACUGUCCCGCAAAACUUAAAGAAUGCAGAGCAUGUGGAAAAACUGGCCACUUUGCCAAGGUUUGUAGAUCCAAACCCAAACGACAAGAAAUCCGUCAGGUCGUUCAAACCUCUACAAAGGAGGAACCCCACUAUAUAUUCACCGUCCAACUACCUUUGCAACAACAUAAUUCCAAAAGCUAUGACCUUAUCAGAAUUCAAGAAAGAAACGAAGAACGAUUCCACACUCCAAAACCUAUCACAAGCAGUCAAACCAAUCACUGGUCUGACCCAGAAAUCCAGCUGUACACAAACGUUAAGGAUGAACUUUCCGUUUGCGAUGGUUUAAUCAUCCGAGGAACACGUCUGGUCCUUCCAAAAUCACUUCACCAUCAAGCUAUUGAAUUGGCACACACAGGUCAUCAAGGAAUAGUAAAGACCAAGCGGUUAUUACGUGAAAAGGUUUGGUUUCUGUUGAUUGACAGGAUGGUUCAAGGGAGAAUCAAACACUGCAUCCCAUGUCAAGCAGCGACACAAGAUACCAUGCCAAAACCAGAAGCCAUUGAAUAUGACCCCACUUAG